GUAGAACAUAACAGUAGAACUUUGAACGCUGAUGUGAGAGCUGUAGUUUGAAUCGCGAAGUCAAUUUGUGAGUGUUUUUAAAGCUACCGUAAAGUAGGUGAACUAAUUUUGGAAUAACUAUCGGAUUACGAGAAGAGGAUCAAAGGAUGUGUUCUCGCUUGGACAUACAUUGAGGAAGAUCCUCGGUGGAGAACGUAUCUCGUUACACGUAAAAGCAAUGUGAAAAAAACUGUUUAAUAAUAAUCAUAAUAGUAAUCAUCGUGACGAUCAUCUUUCACUCGAAAUGGCUGUCUUAUCGGAGCGUAUGAUAUCUACGUUUGUGGUGAUAGCACUGAUCUGUACGUGUACUUUGGCUGUACUCGAAGGACCGAAUGUUUGCACGCGUCAAGAUACAUACAAGAUCACUGUAAAAGUAUCAGAGCAGAAACCUUACACCAUACGAGAGAAUACAUGGUGUCUAAGCUUCCCACCGAGAUGUUCCAAAUACAAAGUUGUCUUUAAAACCAUCUAUAAGGAACAGGAAAUAACGAAGCAAAAACCAGUAGAGGAAUGUUGCAGUGGUUAUACUGAAACAACAAGUCACGAUCGUUGUAUUCCUAUUUGUUCGAAAAAUUGUCGACAUGGAAUUUGUAUCGCACCGGACGUCUGUAAAUGUGAAUCCGGUUAUGGUGGACCCCUCUGUGACUUCAAAUGUCCAUUGGGAAAAUGGGGUGGAAAUUGUCAAGAAGAUUGUAUGUGUCAAAAUAAUGCAACCUGUGAUCCUUUCGAUGGGAAGUGUAUGUGUGCGAGAGGAUGGAAAGGCAAGUACUGUGAUCAGACAUGUUCUCCAGAUAAGUUCGGUCAGGAUUGUGGCGAACAAUGUCGAUGUAGAAAUGGUGGAAGUUGUCAUCACAUAACUGGAGAGUGUCACUGUGCUCCUGGUUACACAGGUCCUUUGUGCGAUGAUCUUUGUCCUGCUGGUAAACAUGGGAAUGAAUGUAAGUCAGAUUGUACGUGUCAAAAUGGUGGAGUGUGCAUUCCGACAACUGGCGAUUGCUUUUGUCCACCUGGUUGGAUGGGUUCUGUAUGUGCUCAUCGUUGUCCGGAAGGUUUCUGGGGUAGAAAUUGUUCGAUGAUCUGUGAUUGUUACAACGGUGGUGACUGUCAUCACGUUACCGGAGAGUGUCAAUGCAAACCUGGUUUUUACGAUGACAAAUGUUUGAAGAUUUGUCCGAAAGAUAAAUACGGUGUGAAUUGCACUGAAGAAUGCGAUUGUAGGAACGGUGCCACUUGUUCAGCGACUAACGGUACUUGUAUCUGUAGUCCAGGUUGGGAAGGUGAAAAAUGUGAGAAAAGAAUUUGCGAAGAUGGUGUCUGGGGAGAAAAUUGUUCCAAGGUUUGCCAAUGCGAUCAAAAUAACACAGAAUUCUGUCAUCCAUGGACUGGUCAUUGCAUCUGUAAAGCUGGCUGGGACGGUGAAACUUGUAGUAGAACUUGUCCGUUAUAUACUUAUGGGAAAGGCUGUCAGGAACAUUGCAAUUGCAAGAACAAUGCUCAGUGUUCUCCGAUAAAUGGUACUUGCAUUUGUGCACCUGGUUAUAGAGGGGAUGAUUGCAGCGAAAUCUGUCCUGAAAAUAGAUUUGGAGAGGAUUGUGUUCAAAGGUGCGCUUGUAAAAAUGGUGCUAAAUGUUCACCCGAGGAUGGCCGUUGCAAUUGCACUGCAGGAUGGGAUGGUGUUCUCUGCGAUCGUCCCUGCGACGACAAGUCUUUUGGCAAGGACUGUGCGAACAAGUGCAACUGCUUUAAUAAUGCCUCCUGCAAUCCACAAAAUGGCACAUGCACAUGUGCGGCUGGCUUUGUCGGUGAACUCUGCAAGGAUCGUUGCCUGAAAGGAUUCUUUGGACAUGGCUGUACUCAGGAAUGUGAUUGUCAUCCUGAAAACAGCAUCGACUGUGAUCCAAGGACCGGCCGUUGCAUUUGCAAGCCAGAUUGGCGAGGAAUCCGGUGUGAGACAAAAUGCCCAGAGGGUCUUUACGGCGAGGAUUGUCACUCACAGUGCAACUGCAUGAACAAUAGUUCUUGCGACCCAGACACAGGAAAUUGUAUUUGCGCGAGAGGCUGGGAAGGGCCGGAUUGUUCUCAGCCUUGCAAACAAGGCAUGUAUGGUGUACGCUGUAAAGAAAAGUGUCCAGAGAAAAAGCACGGUAACAUGACGUGUGAUCAUGUCACUGGCGAAUACGUAUGUCGUUCUGGUUACAUGGGACUCACCUGUGAACAUCCUUGUCCACCUAACAGAUAUGGUUUAAAUUGUGCCCAUCAUUGUUAUUGCAAAAACGGGGGAGAAUGUCAUCACGUUACUGGAAAAUGUCAAUGUAUGCCAGGAUGGCAAGGUGAAUUGUGUCAAACUCCGUGCCAACAGGGUACUUUCGGUGUCAAUUGCACACAACAUUGCAAAUGUCAACAUGGUAGAUGUAGAUCCAGUGAUGGUCAUUGUCGUUGCUCUCGUGGUUGGACAGGUAUCAGGUGUACCGAAAUUUGCCCUGAGGGAUAUUACGGUGAUCAAUGCAUGGAGCCUUGCGAAUGUAAGAAUGAUUUCUUCACGUGUCAUCCUGCUGAAGGAUGUAUCUGUAGAUACGGUUAUACAGGUGAAAAUUGUGACGAACAGUUGUUUUCAAGAAAUGUUCAACAAAAGGAAGAAUCUGGUUAUGGUAGUAUGAUAGCAGGUAUAUUCGCAGCGAUUAUUGUGAUCGCUAUCACUGUGACAGCUUGGUUCUAUCAUCGUCGUAGAGUGGCAGAUUUGAAAAACGAGAUCGCCCAAGUUCAAUAUAUUGCUGAUCCUGUACCUGAUCGAAACCAAUUCGAUAAUCCUGUUUAUGCCUAUCAAGGCUCUUCGAGAUACGACGAUGGUACGACUACGUUGUUGAAUAAUCGUCAAAUUAGAAACGAUCUUGGUACAAAUAAAAAUGUUAACAAUGAGAGAGUUAAACUUGGUUUUGGCGUAACCAUAGAAGAAGAUGACGAUUGUAAAGGUGCCUAUGGGCUGCAAUACGAUCUGAAGAACAGAGACGCCGAUUUAGGAAAUCCAAAUUUGAACGUUUAUCAUAGUAUUGAUGAGAUGGAUGGGAAGAAAGUCGAACAUGUCUAUGACGAGAUUAAACAAAAUGAAUCCGAAUACGAUCAUCCAGAUCAUCCAAGGCCAUUAAGCACCACCUGGAAGAGUCAAUAUCAUCGAAUGCCCAAUGGUACUGGACCUAAAACAGAAGAUGAUGAUGCUGGACCAAGCCAACUAAAGGACAAGGAUCCUGAACUGGGAGAAACUUAAAAAGUGUCUUACAACAUUGUUCACGCGAUGGAUUUUAUUUUGCGUUCGAGCCAAAGUGCAAAAAAAAGACUCUGGUGACAUAAUGCAUCAUCAUCAACACGAGACAUUGACAAUGAGUCAGGAGAAGUCGAAAUUGGCAAGACCUUUCGACUUGCGAGCAAUAAAAAGUGCAAGACGUGUAGUGGAAGCAAUACUUUCGGACCGAAUAAUCCACACACGUUUUACAUUUAUCAUUUUGCAA